UUUCACCCACUGAAUCAUGGGUUCUUUUCUGUCUUCAUCAAUUGUAAAAUCUUUCAGAAGAAAUUUAUGCUGCUUUCCCAUUGGCUUGUUUUUUGCCUGUAGUACCCUUUUCCCCCUAAAAUAAGACAUCCCCAGAAAAUAAGACCUAGUAGAGGUUUUGCUGAAUUGCUAAAUAUAAGGCCUCCCCUGAAAGUAAGACCUAGCACCGUUUGUGUUUGGAAGCAUGCCCACCAAACAGAACACCAGAGCAUGCAGGAUCGGGAAAUGAACGUACCAUAGAGUGUUGUACAUGGAAAUAUUGGUAGUAACAAGAAAUUCUUGAUAGGAUUCACAAUUUGUCUGGUUAUGCUGGCUUGUGAUGACAACUACUGUACAGUAUAUAAUAAAUGUUCAUUUUUUUGUUCAACAAUAAAUGUGAAUUUUUCUUCAUGGAAAAAUAAGACAUCCCCUGAAAAUAAGACCUAGCGCAUCUUUGGGAGCAAAAAUUAAUAUAAGACACUGUCUUAUUUUCGGGGAAACACGGUAGUUGGUUCCAUUGAUUCUCCGAUUCUUGUCUCCCUUUUUUUUUUAGUCCAGAUGAACUGGAGUCGAGUAUAAUAAAACCAUGUCAUUGUUGAGUCUUCUUUUUGUUGCUCUUGUGCUUUUAAUUUCUGCAGAGUUCUUUUUUCUAAUACAGUAGAGUCUCACUUAUCCAAGCUAAAGGGGCUGGCAGACGCUUGGAUAAGCAAAUAUCCUGGAUAAUAAGGAGGGAUUAAGGAAAAGCCUAUUAAACAUCAAAUAAGGUUAUGAUUUUACAAAUUAAGCACCAAAACAUCAUGUUAGACAACAAAUUGGACAGAAAAAGUAGUUCAAUACGCAGUAAUGUUAUGUUGUAAUUACAGUACAGUCUCGCUUAUCCAACGUAAACGGGCCAGCAGAAUGUUGGAUAAGCGAAUAUGUUGGAUAAUAAGGAGACAUUAAGGAAAAGCCUAUUAAACAUCAAAUUAGGUUAUGAUUUUACAAAUUAAGCACCAAAAUAUCAUGUUAGACAACAAAUUUGACAGAAAAAGUAGUUCAAUACGCAGUAAUGUUAUGUUGUAAUUACAGUAGAGUCUCACUUAUCCAACGUAAACAGGCCAGCAGAAUGUUGGAUAAGCGAAUAUGUUGGAUAAUAAGGAGAGAUUAAGGAAAAGCCUAUUAAACAUCAAAUUAGGUUAUGAUUUUACAAAUUAAGCACCAAAACAUCAUGUUAUACAACAAAUUUGACAGAAAAAGUAGUUCAAUACGCAGUAAUGCUAUGUAGUAAUUACUGUAUUUACAAAUUUAGCACCAAAAUAUCAUGAUGUAUUGAAAACAUUGACUACAAAAAUGCGUUGGAUAAUCCAAAAUGUUGGAUAAGCAAGUGUUGGAUAAGUGAGACUCUACUGUGGCCCGGGCUGUGGCGCAGGCGGGAGAGCAAGCCAGUGCAAUUAACUGCAAUGAAUCACUCUGACCAGGAGGUCAUGAGUUCGAGGCCCCUCGGAGCCUAUGUUUGUCUUGUCUUUGUUCUAUGUUAAAAGGCAUUGAAUGUUUGCCUAUAUGUGUAAUGUGAUCCGCCCUGAGUCCCCUUCGGGGUGAGAAGGGCGAAAUAUAAAUGCUGUAAAUAAAUAAAUAAAUACUGUACUGUAUUUAAGAAUUUGGCACCAAAAUAUCACAAUAUAUUGAAAACAUUGACUACAAAAAUGCAUUGGAUAAUCCAGAACCUUGGAUAAGCGAGUCUUGGAUAAGUGAGACUCUACUGUAGUUGUUUAUAAGUUAGAUAUUUUCUCCUAUGUGUUCUCUCUUGUGGUUUUGUCAAUGCAAGUAUUUUAUUGUAAAAAAAUUACUUUGUAUUUAUUCCAUACUCUCAUCAAUGAAUUUCUUACUGGUUGUUUCUUAAAAUUGGAGUCCGAUUUUAUUUUAUCAUAAAUCAGAUAUGCAUGCCAUCCAUAUUUUAGAUAAGUCUCUUCCGUUGUAAGUAGUCUUUCAUUAUUUAGAAAUAUCCUCUCUUUUAUCCAUGUCCAAGCUGCUGAAUCAUAGUAUAGUCUGAUGUAUGGUAAUGCAAUUCCUCCUUUAUCUUUUGCAUCUUAUACAUUUUUAAUUUUGAUUCUGGGUUUUUAAUUUUUCCAAAUGAAUUUUGUUGUUUCUUUAUUCUUCUGAAAAAAUUGGUAUUGUCUGAAAUAAAUAUAACAUUUCUGAGAUUGCAUUCAUUUUGAUUGUUGAAAUUCUAACCAAUCAAAAUACAGUAGAGUUCCGAUUACCCGAGUUCCGGUUAACCGAGACUCCGUAUUAUUUGAGGCACUGCCGGGGGCGCCCCUCCCUCUCUCUCUCCUCUUGAGUUCCUUCCUGGGGCCGCCAGAGGAAGGGAGCUCGAGAGAAGGAGAGGGAGAGGGAGGAGGAAGCGCUCUGCGAUUGCUGCUGCCUAGCACUCGUGGGGUGCUUGAGAGCUUGCAGCAGCAAUCGCGGGGUGCUUCUCUAAACCAGAUUGCCAGGAGGGAUAAUAGGGCCUCCCUAUUAUCCAAGCAGUUUGGUUAUCAGAGAUUGGGCCCGCCCCUUUAUGUCGGAUAACCGGAACUCUACUAGGAAAUGUGAUUGUUGGCUGAGAAUUUUGGAGUAGAGCCUGUUCAGGGAUUUCUUUCCUUUGAACGAAGAGGGAGGAAAAGCAUCUUGGAUACGGUUUGGUUCUUCAUCAAAGUUGUUCCAACAUGGAGAAACCCAACUCACCUGGACCUGGAGCCGGCAGGGGCCCCGAGAGCAGUGAGGAAUAUUGGAAAAGAACUAUGCAGAUGUUCCUGAAUGGGCACAUAAAGGGCCAGCGCUUCAGGCAGUGCUCCUACCAAGAGGGUGAGGGACCCAGAGAGGUUUGCAGCCGCCUCCACGAUCUCUGCCGCCAGUGGCUGAAGCCAGAGCAACACACCAAGGCUGAGAUGCUGGACCUGGUGAUCCUGGAGCAGUUCCUGAGCCUCCUGCCCCCAGAGAUGGGGAGCUGGGUCCAAGAGUGUGGGGCAGAGACCUGUUCCCAGGCGGUGGCCCUGGCGGAAGGUUUCCUCCUGAGUCGGGCAGAGGACAAGAGGCGGGAAGAACAGACCCAAAAUAACUGCAUUGAAGUCCACCCUGAUGUCUCUGAAUCAGAGAACUCUCCAUCAGACAUCACCCAGAGUCUCAGGCAGAAGGAACCCAAGGAGGAAGGAGAUGGGGCUGUAGCCUUGCAGGGGGCUGAAAUGAUGUUGUUGCCGAAUCCUCAAUCAUUUCUUCCCCUUUGUGAUGGAGUGGAACUGAAUCAGGGCCCAAUUGCCUUUGAGGACGUGGCUGUCCAUUUCUCCCUGGAGGAGUGGGCUCUUCUGAAUCCUGAUCAGAAAGCCUUGCACAUGCAGAUCAUAAAGCAGAUAAAUGGGAUUGUGGACUCACUUGCAGAUAAUUGGAAGAAGAGCAAUGAAUGCACCAAACACAGGAAGCAUUUGGGACACAACGGGGGAAUUCCUAGACACCAGCAAACCCACAGAGAAGAUGGAGAUUCUGCCAGAGAAAGGCACUACAAAUGCAAUGUAUGUGGACAGUGUUUUACCCAAAAUAUGAUACUUGUGCCUCACAAGACACUCCAUGCUGGGAAAGGUCAACUUAAAUGGAAAGAAUCAGGAAAAUGUGUUGCUGGUUGCAAAUUGCCAAAUCUGAGCCAAGAAGAAAUCUUUAAAGGAACUGAGGAUUUCAUAAGCAGGGAGUGUGGGAAAUCUUUCAUCCAGAGUUCACACUUGGUGAAACAUGAGAGAUGUCACUCAGGACGGGAACCAUACAAAUGCCAGGAGUGUGGGAAAUGUUUUGCUUCUAGUUCAAACUUGGUAACCCACAAAAGACUCCACACAGGAGAGAAGCCAUACCAAUGCCAGGACUGUGGGAAAUGUUUUGCGUACAGUUCAGACUUGGUGAAGCACAAAAGAUUACACAUAGGAGAGAAGCCAUACCAAUGCCGGGAGUGUGGGAAAUGUUUUGCUUCUAGUUCAAACUUAGCGAGGCACAAAAGACUCCACACAGGAGAGAAGCCAUAUCAAUGCCAGGAGUGUGGGAAAUAUUUCGCUCACAGUUCACAAUUGGCGAGUCACAAAAGACUCCACACAGGAGAGAAGCCAUACCAAUGCCAGGAGUGUGGGAAAUUUUUUGCUUACAGUUCAGACUUGGUGAAGCACAAAAGACUCCACACAGGAGAGAAGCCAUACCAAUGCCAGGACUGUGGGAAAUGUUUUGCGUACAGUUCAGACUUGGUGAAGCACAAAAGACUUCACACAGGAGAGAAGCCAUACAAGUGCCAGGAGUGUGGGAAAUGUUUUUCUGACAGUUCAGCCUUGGUGAGCCACAAAAGACUCCACACGGGAGGGAAGCCAUACCAGUGCCAGGAGUGUGGGAAAUGUUUUGUUUACAAUUCACACUUGGUGACCCACAAAAGACAUCACACAGGAGAGAAGCCAUUCCAAUGCCAGGAGUGCGGGAAAUGUUUUGCUGGCAGUUCACACUUGGUGAAGCACAAAAGACUUCACACAGGAGAGAAGCCAUACCAAUGCCAAGAGUGUGGAAAAUGGUUUUCUGCGAGUUCAAACUUGGCGAGGCAUAAAAGACGCCAUACAGGAGAGAAGCCAUACCAAUGCCAAGAGUGUGGAAAAUGGUUUUCUGCGAAUUCAAACUUGGCGAGGCAUAAAAGACGCCAUACAGGAGAGAAGCCAUACCAAUGCCAGGAGUGUGGGACUUGUUUUGUUGACAGUUCAUGCUUGGCGAGGCACAAAAUACUUCACACUGGAGAGAAACCAUAGAAAUGCCACAAAAAAGCAAUUGUGCGUAAACAUUUGAUUUCAGACAUGUCUGUUUGAGAAGUUGUGCCAAAGAUUUGGUAGAGUUCCCUUUCCUGUCAUUUGAAUCCCUAAGUUGGAGGUCCUGUCUCUGGAACAGCAGAAAGCAAGCUUCCCAUGACAAUCUUUUAGAGGGUUAAAUAUGAUUGUCAUGUCACUUAUUCUGAAAAACAACCCCAUAAAUACUUCAAUCAACUGUUCCUCUUAUUGGAAUUUAACCCCACACUGUCUGAGUCUCUAGGAACAAGUUAGAGGAACAACUUAGUUAACUUAGAAAAGGCUGAAGGUUUCCCCCCCGCCCCUCGCCUCCUGUAUGACAGUUGCAAUGUAACUACAGUGGAGUGUUGCUUGCUUUUGCUGACAGUUCAACCUUGGUGAGGCACAAAAGGCUUCACACAGGAGAGAAGCCAAAGUAAUGUCAGAGUGUGGGAAAUGUUUUACUUACAGUUCAGACUUGGUGAGGCACAAAUAAACUUCACACUGGAGAGAAGCCAUACCAAUGCCACAAAUGUGGAAAACGUUUUAGUCAGACUUCAUUCCUUAACAAGCAACAAUGAAUACAAACAGACUAAAACACGGCCUUUGUGGGUAAACAUCUGAUUUCAAACAGGACCGAUUGAGAAGUUCUGCUUAAGACUUAAUAAAGUCCCCUUUCUUGUCAGUUGGAGGUCCUGUCUCUGGACCAGCAGAAAGCAGACUCCCUAUGAUUGUGUUGGCAUCUAUUCUGAAAAAAAAACCCAUAUGUACUUCCAUCACAUGUUCCUCUGAGCUUAGUUUCGAGUUCCUUUACCACAUUAGGUGCGAAGUUCUAGUUCGUUAAUUUUGUUUUUCAUCUGGGAUUCCAGAAUUGAACUGUUGAGGCCAAGCCAAAGGAAACGAUGUUUGCACUAUUAUUUCCCUUGAUGUACAAAUGGCACCUUUGGCUAAAAUAUACUGGUUGUUUUCUUGCUCCUGGCACACUGCUAUUCCACAUUAAAUGGAAAAACUUGA